AUGUCUGGCAUUCUACACAAGGUCAAGGAGGCUGUGACCCAUCAUCAUCACCAUGAUACCUCGCACAAGGGUAACAAAGGCCACGCCGAAACCCCCACUACCACCCAAACUCAAGGCCCUCACUCCAGUAACGUCGCCAACAAAGCCGACCCGCGUGUAGACAGCGACCUCGACGGACGCGGUGCCAACCAUACCACCACCACCACCUCCUCCUCCGGCCCUUACCUUCACGGCGCAGGCAGUCCCAACGACAAGCCCACCUACAACAGGGCCUGGACCGGCGACUCCGACGGCAUCUCCCCGCGAACCAGCACCGUCAACACCAACACCAACGCCUACGACGCACCGGCCACCCAAGACUACAGCACCGGUCCCGCCUCAUCCACCGCCGGACCUCACUCCAGCAAUGUGGCCAACAAAGCAGACCCGCGCGUGGACAGCGACUUAUCAAGCGCCAAGGCGAAGGAAGACACCAGCCGGUUCUACGAUGAGGUACACAAGGGAAGCAUCGGCGGUGCCGGCAUCAUCCAUGCGUCGGGAAGCAAUGGCCCGACCACCACCAAGACCUUUGAUCCCCAUGCCUGUCUCCCUGGCGGUGACACCAGCGGCGGCGCUCAUGCUGCUGCUCCUCAGAUCCACUCUUCUUCGGCAGCGGGCAGCAGCUACAAUACCCCUGGCAACGGCAGUGCCUCGCACACUGCCGGGCCCUAUGACAGCGAUGUCGCUAACAAGGUGGACCCCAGAGUGGACUCUGAUCUGGAUGGCUCUUGUCCUGUGGGUGCCCAGCGUUAG